AUGGAAAUCCCAAGCAUCUGCAAGAAGCUCAGAUAUAACAGUAAUGAGCUGAGACAUCAAAUCUUGAAUCUAGGUUUGCUUAAACCAUAUAGUAAUAGAUGCUUCCGAUUCUUUUCGGAUUCAGUUGGAUUAGAAAUGAUGAAUUCUACUGAAAAUGUUAAAGUUGGAAAGAUGGGUAUUGAUGGGAUUAGGGCGAAUGCUACUCCGAAGCAAGUUUCAGAAAUGAUUGGCAUAAUUAAGAGGGAUGAUGACGAUUUGGAGUCCAAGUUGGAUUCGUUGAACGUUUCUUUAUCUAUUGCUUCAAUUACCGAGAUUUUUAGGGUUUUGAAUUUCGAAAGAGUGUCCGCGUUGCGUUUUUUUGCUUGGAUUAGAGGUUCGAAGCCGGAUCUUUAUUGUAAUUCAGAUAUUUGUAGUUUGGCUGUUGAUAAUUGCGGAUGGUUAGAUGAUUACAAGGCCAUGCUUUGUAUUCUGAAUGACUUUAGGAUGAAAGGAAUUUGUCUGUCCAAGAAGGCAUUUGGGUUCUUACCUGUUUUGGUUUCGAACAAGGAUUCCAUUAUGCAUUCUGUGAGAAGAGUGGUAGAGGUGUUGAAUGAAGCUGGGGGGUCAUGUCGAACCUCUGGGGUUCACUCCUUGAUUGAAAUGCUCGGCACUUUGGGUUCCUUUGAAAUGGCGGAGUUUGUGAUAGAGAUAACGGAGAGGAAGGCGAGUUAUUACUAUAUUUUGAUUAGGGAGAAGUGUCGGAGAUGCGAUUUCGAAGGAGCUAGGGAAAUGCUGGAUGAGAUGAGGCGAGCAGGUUGCGUUGAAAUUGUCAAUGCUUACAAUUAUCUACUUAGUAGUUUAUGUAUGAGUGAUAAGGUUGCCGAAGCAUGUCAAGUGCUUGAAGAAAUGCGAGAAAGGGAUUGUCUUCCUGAUGCAUUGACCUUUGAAAUAUUUAUUUGUUACUGGUGUCGGCUUGGAAAGUUCGAUCUUGCAUCCGAGAGUCUUGAUAGGAUGGUUUCAAUUGGUCUUGAACCUCGUUCUACCACACAUGCUGCCUUUGUCAAGGGCUACAUCAAUUCGAUGAGAUAUGAGGAAGCAUAUAAGUAUGUGGUUGAGUCAGUUGUUAAGUAUAAGUGCUCAUCCAAUUCAAUUUACAGCUUACUUGCAAGCCUUCAUCAGAAGAAAGGAAACGUUGUAGUUGCCCGAAAUAUUCUUCUCGAAAUGAUUAUGAAGGGUCUUAGACCAAAUUUUGCAGUGUAUAUGAGAGUUUUGAAGCACCUAAAGAAGUCAGGCAGGGAAGACUUGGCCACAGAAUUAAAGAGCAGGUUCUCUUGUUUGAGUUUACAGUCCAGUACAGAAACUGGGUGA